GAUAUAAUUAUCAACCUGUGAUUGGAUUUUAUACAGUAAAAAAUUCUCAAUCUGUACAAAAAUCUGGAAGUAAUUCAAAAAUAAUUCAUAAAGGAAAUUUUGAUGAAUCUUUAAGACAAAUGGAACAUGCAAUUCUGAUCUCAUUACUUAAUAAUAUAAUGCCUAUUUUAGAAGAAGCUGAUUUUACUUUGCAUGAAGGUCAAAUGGAGGCAAUAAUUAACUAUCUAGGUGGUAAAAAUACAUUUGUAUCCAUAAAAACUGGUGGAGGAAAAACUUUGUGUUAUGCUAUAUCAGCUAUUUAUUCUGAUGGAUUAACUAUUGUUUUUAAUCCUCUUAAAGCACUUAUAGAAGAUCAAAAGUAUCUUACCCAAGAAAGAGAUGAACAAAUUGAUCCAAAAGAUGUAGUAGACGUAUUUAGAGGUGGUAAAACUGCAAAAAUAAAGCAAAAAAAAUGGGAUACUUUACCAUAG